GCUCAAUCUUCACAUUGCUCAUUCCCCUUCACAUCCAUUUCAUCCUUCCCAUUCCAAUCCCACAUUCUGAACCACACAAAACCGUGAAAAGCUUCAACAAUAUCUCACCCCAUUCCCCUCAAAGUCCCGUCUCUUAUAUCUCACCAUCUCAUCCAUUUCCCUUCCAUUUUUGCGGCCAAACUUCAGAACACAAACCCAGAAACCCACCAAGCUCCAAGAAACCACCUUCUUAUUCUCUCUACCUCUAGCUCUAGCUAUGGCCACCAUCACCUCAGCUGCCGUUGCCAUCCCAUCAUUCACCGGCCUCAAGUCGGCGAAGGCCACCCCAGUAGCCACAACCGCCAAGAUGUCCGUCGCCGCCCCGAAAUUCGGCGGCAUCAGGGCCUCGAUGAAGGACCUCGGCGUCGCGGUGGCCGCCACCGCCGCCACAGCGAUGCUGGCGGGCAACGCCAUGGCCAUCGACAUCUUGCUCGGCGGCGACGACGGCUCGCUGGCAUUCGUCCCCAGCACGUUCUCCGUGGCCGCCGGCGAGACCAUCACGUUCAAGAACAAUGCAGGGUUCCCCCACAACAUUGUGUUCGACGAGGACGAGAUCCCCAGCGGCGUGGACGCGGCCAAGAUCUCGAUGUCGGAGGAGGACUUGCUGAAUGCACCUGGGGAGACUUACAAGGUGGCGCUGACGGAGAAAGGAGAGUACAAAUUCUACUGCUCGCCUCACCAGGGUGCCGGCAUGGUUGGCAAGGUCACUGUUAACUGAGAACAGAGUAAAUCUCUUCAAUGGGUUCCUUUGCUCUGUAGUUUGCUCCUUUUUUUUUUUUUUUUCCUCUCGUUGUUGUUGGAUGGAAUAUAUAUAGUCGAUUGAGAUUUGAGAGGUUGGUGUAAGAGCUUGAAAUGGUGUGUUGGUUGUUUGCCUUCUCAUCACCAUUUCACUUGCACGAUUUGUAGAUUUGCCGUGUUCGCUAAGUAACCCAAAUAAACCCAUAAUCUCCGAUUCCGCAAUCACUAAGCUAUGUUCUUCACAAUCGGGCUACACAACGAAGGUGAUCAUAUCAAGUUUCGAAUCCCACAAACCCCUGUAUUAAACAGCAAAGUACACA